AUGUAUCCCACCCUCCGCCGCUACGCCACAAUCUCCUCGGGCAAAAAUCUCCGAGGAAGAGGGAAACCCUUACUUUCUUUGGAACAGUUCCUACAACGCCAGAAAGUCAUGAAUCUUUGGAGAGAAAUUAUCCGAGCGACGAAUAAAAUUCCCAUUGAAGAUACACGAAAGGAAAUGCGGGACUUCGCGAGGGAGGAGUUUGAGAGGUUUCGACAUGUUGAUGAUCUUGGACAUGUUCGAUAUUUGGUUUCGACGGGUAAGACACAGUUGGAUAGUAUGAGGAGAUAUGUGGAGCAGAACGCUCUUUGA